GAGUCCGGCCCGGGCCCAACUCCCUCACGGGUCCCCCGGCGGCGGCGGCGGCGGCGGCGGCGGCGGCGGCGGCAGAGCCCACCGCUCGGGCCCCGAUGAGUAACUCCAGGAAUAACCGGGUGAUGGUGGAAGGGGUCGGGGCCCGAGUGGUGCGCGGCCCGGACUGGAAGUGGGGGAAGCAGGACGGCGGCGAGGGCCAUGUGGGCACGGUCCGGAGCUUCGAGAGCCCCGAGGAGGUGGUGGUGGUGUGGGACAACGGCACCGCCGCCAACUACCGCUGCUCCGGGGCCUACGACCUGCGUAUCCUGGACAGCGCGCCCACGGGCAUCAAGCAUGAUGGAACCAUGUGUGAUACCUGCCGCCAGCAACCAAUCAUUGGCAUUCGAUGGAAAUGUGCGGAGUGUACAAAUUAUGAUUUGUGCACAGUUUGUUAUCAUGGAGAUAAACAUCAUUUAAGGCAUCGCUUUUAUAGAAUUACUACACCAGGAAGUGAGCGGGUUCUGUUAGAGUCUCGUAGAAAAUCUAAGAAGAUUACAGCCAGAGGGAUCUUUGCAGGUGCCAGAGUGGUGCGAGGAGUGGACUGGCAGUGGGAAGACCAGGAUGGAGGAAAUGGACGCAGGGGAAAGGUAACAGAAAUCCAAGACUGGAGUGCAUCAAGCCCACAUAGCGCGGCCUACGUUCUCUGGGACAAUGGUGCUAAGAACCUUUACAGAGUUGGCUUUGAGGGCAUGUCUGACCUGAAGUGUGUCCAGGAUGCCAAAGGAGGUUCUUUCUACAGAGAUCAUUGUCCUGUGCUAGGUGAGCAGAAUGGCAACAGGAAUCCUGGUGGAUUGCAGAUUGGUGACCUGGUCAAUAUAGAUCUUGACCUAGAAAUUGUACAGUCUUUGCAGCACGGUCAUGGAGGAUGGACUGAUGGCAUGUUUGAGACUUUAACUACAACUGGAACUGUUUGUGGCAUUGAUGAAGAUCAUGACAUUGUAGUACAGUAUCCCAGUGGCAAUAGGUGGACCUUCAAUCCUGCUGUUCUCACUAAAGCGAACAUUGUCCGAAGUGGGGAUGCCGCUCAGGGCGCAGAAGGAGGCCCCUCACAGUUCCAAGUGGGUGAUCUUGUACAAGUUUGUUAUGACCUGGAAAGAAUUAAACUUCUACAGAGAGGACAUGGAGAAUGGGCUGAAGCUAUGCUCCCAACUUUAGGUAAAGUUGGCCGAGUACAACAAAUUUAUUCAGACAGUGAUUUAAAGGUGGAAGUCUGUGGAACAUCUUGGACGUAUAAUCCAGCAGCAGUUUCCAAGGUGGCAUCUGCAGGAUCAGCCAUUAGCAAUGCAUCUGGUGAAAGACUCUCCCAACUCUUGAAGAAAUUAUUUGAAACCCAAGAAUCUGGUGACCUCAAUGAAGAAUUAGUUAAGGCUGCUGCCAAUGGAGAUGUUGCUAAAGUGGAAGAUUUGCUAAAAAGACCGGAUGUGGAUGUGAAUGGACAGUGUGCUGGUCACACAGCCAUGCAAGCUGCUAGUCAGAAUGGACAUGUUGACAUUUUGAAGUUACUUUUGAAGCAAAAUGUGGAUGUAGAAGCAGAGGAUAAAGAUGGAGAUAGAGCCGUUCACCAUGCAGCUUUUGGAGAUGAAGGCGCUGUUAUAGAAGUGCUGCACCGAGGCAGCGCUGAUCUGAAUGCACGAAACAAGCGCCGGCAGACACCACUUCAUAUUGCUGUCAAUAAAGGUCACCUUCAAGUGGUGAAGACUUUAUUGGACUUUGGCUGUCAUCCCAGUCUUCAGGAUUCUGAAGGUGAUACCCCUCUUCAUGAUGCAAUAAGUAAGAAACGUGAUGAUAUCCUGGCAGUUCUUCUGGAAGCUGGAGCAGAUGUUACCAUUACAAAUAAUAAUGGAUUUAAUGCUCUACACCAUGCUGCACUAAGAGGAAAUCCCAGUGCAAUGCGUGUUUUACUGUCGAAAUUACCAAGGCCAUGGAUUGUGGAUGAGAAGAAAGAUGAUGGUUAUACUGCCUUGCAUCUGGCUGCCCUUAAUAAUCAUGUAGAAGUGGCUGAACUGUUGGUACAUCAGGGUAACGCAAACCUGGAUAUCCAGAAUGUGAACCAGCAGACUGCCCUACACCUUGCUGUUGAGCGGCAGCACACCCAGAUUGUGAGGCUUUUGGUCCGUGCAGGUGCCAAAUUAGAUAUUCAGGAUAAGGAUGGGGAUACUCCUUUGCAUGAAGCUCUGAGGCAUCACACUUUGUCUCAGCUACGUCAGCUUCAAGAUAUGCAAGAUGUGGGGAAGGUCGAUGCUGCCUGGGAGCCAUCCAAAAACACCUUAAUAAUGGGACUUGGUACCCAGGGAGCCGAGAAGAAGAGUGCAGCAUCUAUUGCCUGUUUCUUGGCUGCUAAUGGUGCUGACCUUAGCAUUCGAAAUAAGAAGGGUCAGUCGCCACUUGAUCUCUGUCCUGAUCCAAGUCUCUGCAAAGCUCUGGCAAAGUGUCAUAAAGAAAAAGUCAGUGGUCAGGUGGGUUCUCGAAGUCCUUCUAUGAUUAGUAAUGAUUCUGAAACCUUAGAAGAGUGUAUGGUGUGCUCAGAUAUGAAGAGAGAUACUCUUUUUGGCCCAUGUGGACAUAUUGCUACCUGUUCUUUGUGUUCUCCACGAGUCAAGAAAUGCCUCAUCUGUAAAGAACAAGUUCAAUCCAGGACAAAGAUUGAAGAAUGUGUGGUAUGCUCUGACAAGAAAGCAGCUGUUCUUUUUCAGCCAUGCGGACACAUGUGUGCUUGUGAGAACUGUGCUAAUCUGAUGAAAAAGUGUGUGCAGUGUCGGGCAGUAGUUGAACGAAGAGUGCCCUUCAUCAUGUGUUGUGGAGGGAAAAGUUCAGAGGAUGCCACUGAUGAUAUCUCAAGUGGGAAUAUUCCGGUGUUACAAAAGGAUAAGGAUAACACCAACGUCAAUGCAGACGUGCAGAAGCUGCAGCAGCAGUUACAGGACAUUAAAGAGCAGACAAUGUGCCCUGUGUGUUUGGAUCGUCUGAAGAAUAUGAUUUUCCUUUGUGGCCAUGGAACGUGCCAGCUCUGUGGAGACCGAAUGAGUGAAUGUCCUAUUUGUCGAAAGGCUAUUGAACGAAGGAUUCUUUUGUAUUAACUUAAAAACUCAGUGUGUUUUGUUAGCUAAAGUAUUUGGUCAUGAGAUCUUAGUGAGCUAGUUGGAGGUUCUAAUGAAUUAAUUUUUAAUAUCAUAGUUUCUUUACUAGAGUGUAAUUAGACUGUAAAUGUACCAGAACAACAACAACAAAAACUCUACAAAACAGUGUUUGAAGCUGUGUUUUUUGUUUUUUUUGUUUUUUCCUUUCAAUCUGAGACAUCAAAUCCAUGUAAUUGAUAGGUGAUUUACCUUUGACUUCUAAGGGGGAAAAUCCUUUAAGGAUCUCCUGUUAUUUUUGUUUUUAUUGCAUUUUCUCUUAUAGUUUAUAAAUUUGUUAGACCUCAAAAGAUAUACUUCCUUAUGAUCAGCUAUCUUUCAAUUUAUCAUGAUUUUACACAGUGAGCUGAUACAGGUACUCAGAAAAGUCAUGCAUCAAAUGAAAGGGGGAAGUCAAACCAUUAUGUCAUGUAUGCUAAACGAUAAAAUUAUAGUACAAGUUCUGCAUGGUUAAGGGAAUACUGAAGAGAGGAUUCUCUUUUUAAGAUAACAAAGUUAUCAAGUGAUUGUUUCUAAAUUCUUAGAGUAAAUGGAAAUAUAGAAUGAGAGAAUAUUAAGUUUGCAUUUAACUUAUUUUCUGGAUUCAAAGGAAAAUUGUUUAACUUGAAUCAAAUUGCCAGUUUCAAAAUGACUGAUAGACAUGAAAAGGAAAAAUAAGCAAUCAUAGUGGGGAACUGAAGGGGGUGGGGGGAGUCAUCCAAUAAAAGAGCACCUAUUAA